AUGGCCUAUAAAAGGACGGCGCUGACGGAGUUAGAGGCCCGUAUGCAAGACACCCGGUUUCCAUCCUUUGGAUCCCCGCUCUAUAGAGGGACCGCUUCACAGCAGGAGUGGAACUCGAAUGUGGUUGUACAGCCGCUGCAGUACCGUGGUGAGUCUCAGGUAGCGCUGCCGUUUCAGCAACACAUGCCACCACGACCGGUUAAGCUUCAAACAAGAAGGGUACUUGGGACAGAGGCUGCUGACGUUGCACAGAGAUCAAGCCCGGUUCAGAAUUUGAAUAAUGCCAUUCCUUGCUCAUCUUCCCCACUCGCUGAGGAGCGCUAUCCGUCUUUAGGAGGCCUUUACAGACCUGCAUCCUCGACUGGUUCCCAGCCUUGCGGCAAGCUUGCCCCAGCCAAGUCAUCUUCACCUCCGCAGCGGGCGGCCUCCGCAGUGAUGGCGCCCCCGCGCACAAAGUCUACGUACCACGAUGGUUGUGGCACCAUUGUAGAGGAGCGGGAUCCCUUGACGAGAGAGGUCAUGCAUAGGUACCGCUGUGGAGCGUUGCUUGGCACGGGUGGUUUUGCCCAAGUCUACGAAUUUAAGGAUUUGGCGACGAAUGCGCAAUAUGCGGGGAAGAUAAUUGAUAAAGGAAACUUGGUGCGUCGUGGAUCUGAGGCGAAGUUGCGAAUGGAAAUCGACAUCCACCGCAGAGUGAGGCAUCCGCAUAUUGUGCAGUUUGUGAAGGCCUUUCAAGAUGACUACUACCAUUAUAUUCUCCUGGAACUGUGCAGCAAGAAGAGUUUGAUGGAUUUGUCAAAGGAGCGAGGUGUUUUUAAUACCAGCGAAAUCCAGUACAUCAUGACUCAGAUUGUGUCGGCUGUCGAAUAUAUGCAUAGUAAGUUGGUUAUUCAUAGAGACUUAAAGCUCGGGAACAUCAUGGUAGAUGCUUCCGGAAGCAUGAAGGUGGGGGAUUUUGGGUUUGCUAGCGAGCUUGUCUCCGCGUCGGAGAGGAAGAAAACGACGUGUGGCACGCCCAACUACAUUGCUCCCGAGGUGCUUGCGACAGAAAAGACGGGGCUGGGAUACGGGCUGGAGGCGGACGUCUGGAGUUUGGGGGUGAUCCUGUUCACCUUGGCCUUUGGCACGCCGCCGUUUGAGACGAAGGACAUUAAGACGACGUACAACAGGAUACUCCGCGUGUAUUAUCGGUUCCCAACUGGGACGGCGGUGCCAGAGACUUGCAAGGAUCUUAUUCGUUCGAUGCUGCAAAAACAACCGCAGGACCGACCCAGCCCGGCGCAAAUCUUAACUCACACUUUUCUGUGCCACCCCUCGCCUCCUAGCACAGUGCCAAGGUCGCUUCUGCCUCCGCAAGCACCUAGAUCUGCGUCCUCCAAUGGGCGUGGGAGCCCAUUGUGGGCCUCACCCAUUGCGAUUCAUUCCCCGUUUGCGUACUAUGACGGUUUGCCGAUGGAGUACCAGAAACAUGCCUUGCGAAAGGAGGAGCACAGGCCAGGAACGGAACAUGAAAUACAAAUGACGCUGCACGAGUUUCUCAAGGAAAACGAUUGCUUCAGCGAGGCAGCAUCGGAGGCGCGUCAUUCAAGUGCACGUGGUAAGUUAGUUUUACCAAAACCUCCUUUACCUGCAGUCAUUCUUAAGAGCAGUGUUCACUCGAACAAGUACGGCUACGGAUUUCUCUCGUAUCAAGCUGGAAAACAGUAUCCAAUUGUUUUUCUUAACGAUAAAACGAAGCUGAUCUACGACGUUGAUGCCGAUACGGUUUUGUACUACGGAAGAGCUUCCAUGCAAGCAGUCGCCACACGCGCCGGAAAUCGAAGUCCACUGCUAAGUGAAGAGCUUGCCGCCAAGGGAUUUCGUGAUGAGCUGGUCGUUUUCCCCAACGCCACAAAAACGUUGGCGCAAAGCAAUGCAGGGAAUGAUGUCGCGAGUCCUUUGGAGGCGAAUGCCGCGAAAAAACUAGCUAUAACAAAGUUUUUCCUCCCCUACCUUGAAGGUAGCAGGAGGGAUGAGCACGCUGUGACGCUGCCGUGCGCCUUGAGGGGGUGGGACCCGGCCUGGGAGACGGAGCUGUUUGCUCCGCGUGGCGCAGGUGACGAGCAGGGCAAUAUUGUCUACGUGAAGGAUGCUGUUCUGAGGUCGUUAUACAAGUUGACAGGGGAGUAUCACGACGCGGAUAUUCAACUUCUUGUCGCCCGCAUGUCGGAUGGCUCCUUUCAUGUUUCUGUGCGUUGCGGCGGUGCACCUCAGCCGUUGUUUCGCCCCAAGUACAACACACUUGAGUCAGACGAAGACACUUUGCCGUGGUGUCUGGACAUUCUCGUGUAUGCAGGGUUUCGUGCGGUGAUGGCGAUGAAGACAAAACAGUCUGUUUUAGUGCUCUCCUUUUGGGACAUCAGACGAGACGCCAAGACUGUGGAGGGUGGAAGGGUCUACUUUGCGGCGGGAAGUACGACGCAGGUAGGGACCAUCAUGUUGCCAACGGCCUUAAUGCGCACGAUCACCACCCUGCUUCGAAAGGCCCGCUACUGCAACGGUAUUGUGGACUGCUUUUGUUGA